AUGAAACCAACAGAAUUGCCCACUGUCCAGGCUAAUCUCGUGCAUCGAGAUGACUAUGUCGCGUUUCAAUUUAGUGUUCUGCCGUACGAAAAUGACUCGACAACGACCGCGACAAAUUCUUAUAUCGAAAACAGAGAUUGGAUGGUACGUUGGUUUUUGCAACAAUUUCUUUGUUCACAAGCCAGUGAAUUGUUGUGGCUGGCCAAUCCAAUGGACAUUCUCAAGACUAAGUGUAGGCAGGAAGCUAUUGCUCUCGAUGAUGCCUCGUCCUACAUAAUCUUGUGGAAUGAACCAAUUGUUUCUUGGUAUCCUGAACUACUGGAGGGUCACAUUCCUUAUGAAGCUUGGAACAUUCAAUAUCCCUUAUAUGCGAAUAGGACUCAAAACGAGGUGACAGAACGAGACGUUCACAAUGAAAGUGUCCAAGACAGACUACAGGCACUCUUGAAUGACCACAUUGAACUGAAGCAUUUGCAAUUAAUUCGCGGCCUGGUAUCUAUUGUGGGUAAGGAAUCUGAGACCCAUUUGCUGAGAAAUCUGGGAUCCCAUACACAAGCACCGACAGUCUUGCCCCAAACGCCGCCAAUUUUGGGUGCCUAUUCACCCGAAUCUCUCGUCUUGACUGGGGCAUUGAUUGCUUUGAUUCAUACAUUGAUAUUGUUGUUGAUACACAUCUAUUUCCGUCCCUGUCUCCAAGAAAGAAACGAAAUGAAGGGAUUUGAACAACGAAUGACAAAGUCGAACCAUCAAUCAUUGGGAGACCACCCUUUGCCAUCUUUCCUGUCGCCAAGCUCACCAGGCGACACGAGACAAAUAUCAUUGGAUCCUCGACAAGACAAUACACUCCUUGCCGAUGCACCCGCUCCGUCUAUUCCCAGCACCCCUAUGCCCAAUGACGACGACUCGGGCUCCUUUUUGAGCUUGAGUCGGAGUUGCAAUUCGGAAAUGGGGUCGUCUAAUCAAACUUACGACUCGGCGAAUAAUAUGACAGCGAAGGAAGAUGUGGAAGACCAAUCACUGGUGACAGAUGCUAAUCUUGACUAUACAGGAAACUUUUAUGCAUCCGAUGACUCUGCAACGAUUAUGUCGUGCUAA